AUAGCAAACAUGGUUCUUUUUACUGCCAAAGUUUACGCAUCAAUCAGAAGUGGUUCCCUAGCCAUCAUUGCAUCCACUCUAGACUCUCUGCUGGAUCUCCUUUCAGGAUUCAUCUUAUGGUUCACUGCAUUUUCCAUGCAAACACCGAAUCCAUAUCAGUACCCUAUUGGAAAGAAUCGGAUGCAACCAUUGGGAAUUCUUGUUUUUGCCUCUGUCAUGGCAACACUAGGACUGCAAAUAAUUUUGGAGUCCGUCCGCACAUUAAUAUACACUGAUAAUAACUUCUACUUGACCAGGGAUCAGGAGUGCUGGGUUAUGGGUAUUAUGCUCUCAGUGACUUUGGUGAAAUUCAUGCUGAUGAUUUAUUGCCGCUCUUUCACUAAUGAGAUUGUUAAGGCUUAUGCUCAAGAUCACUUUUUUGAUGUGAUCACUAAUUUGAUCGGUCUCAUUGCUGCACUUUUGGCCAAUUAUUUUGAUGAUUGGAUGGAUCCGGUCGGUGCUAUCAUUCUGGCUUUAUACACAAUUCGCACAUGGUCAAUGACAGUGUUGGAAAACGUGAGUUCCUUGGUUGGAAGAUCAGCUGCACCAGAGUAUCUUUAGAAACUUACAUACCUUUGCUGGAACCACCACAAGGCUGUAAGGCACAUCGACACUGUCUGGGCUUACACAUUUGGGUCUCACUACUUUGUGGAGGUUGAUAUCGUCUUACCAGCAGGCAUGCCUUCGCAAGAGGCUCACGAUAUUGGUGAAUCGUUGCAAGAGAAGCUCGAACUCUUGCCUGAGAUCGAGCGUGCUUUUGUUCAUCUUGAUUACGAAUACAGUCACAAACCUGAGCAUGCUCAAGCUCAUUCUUAGCAGCAAUACGGAAAAGCAAUGCCAACAACUUGUGUACUUCAUUUGCGCUUUUCGCCUUCUGUCUCGGAUGUAAAUGUGAACCAUUUUAGGUAGAUUUGAAUCUGUACUAACUAAUGAGAAGUUGAUGAGAGCUGUAAAAUUGGAUUUGGGAUAUGU